GUGCAAGUCUAUUGUUGUGGUCUGUGCUGUGUUUAUAAAAAAAUAUAAUAUAAAAUGGCGGACGACGAUGAGAUUGACGUCUUAGGAGAUUUCUCUUUUAAUUCUUGUUUUGCUCAAAAUAGUCAAGGAAUCCCUUCUUGUUCUAAUCGCGAGGAUACAGUGCACCCACAGUGGCUUCUUGACUCUACUGCUACCAACUGGUAUGAUAUCCAGAAUAAAGGUUCACAUAGGGAGGGAACAAAAACUACAUCAAGUAGUUCAUUAGAAAGAGACACUACUGAUAUCUACACAGCAUGGACGGCAGCUGAGAGAGACACAUUAGAGAAAGAAAUGGCAAAAUAUGGCAGAAAUAUCAGUAAAAUAUCACAAACAUUGAAAACAAAGACUGAGGUAGAAAUUCAAGCUUUAAUUGAUGCAGAAUACGGUAUUCUUCUUGAUACCCCAACAUUUGUGUUGGAGAGUGAAGAACCUGACGGUGUACCAUCAGUGGUUCAGGAGGAAAUAGUGACAGAUGACACUCCAAAUAUCAUUGAUGCCAUCGAACCAAAUGCAAAAUUAAAAAUUCCAAAAAAGAAAUAUAUCAAAUCAAAAAACAGUUUAUUAAAACCAGAUGUGUUACACAAUGCAAAAAUUGGUACAGUGGAUAUAGACCCCAAAGAGAUAUUCUAUGAAGACGACUUGAUGUUAGGUUCAACUGAAUCUAUAGGGUCUGAUAUGGACUUAACAGAUAUUGUAUCACAAAAUAUUGAAAAGUAUCAGAAGGCAAAAGUUGGUAAGAAAAUGGGUAAUCAUAGAAGGAAAAUAUCUGGCAGUGAUAAAAACAAACAGAGAAAUAAAUCUAAGGAUCUCAUAAAAUCACCUCAAGGGAGACAAAGGAAAGAUUCUAAUUUAUCAGAAGAUAAUACAAAGAGUCCCAGAAUGCAAAUAAUUUUAGGUUCAGGGCAGGCUUUGCCCUUGUCAGAAGGGGAGCAAGUGAUAAAAAUUGAGAAAAAGAAAGACUCUGAUCCAGAAAGUGAUAUAGAAGUAGAUAUAGAUAGUGAUAAUGAUAAUUCAAUCAAAAAUAAAACAAAAACUGAUGAAACUGAGUCGAAAUUGGUUGAUGAGGCACCAAUAGCUGUGCCUCUCAGUAACUUUGAACCAAUGCCAAAGAGGCAGAAAAAAAUUAUGAAUCUGGCGGGAGACGGCGGCUACACAAUAAUGCACACGGAGGCCGGCGACCUUGUAGCGGUGGGUACUGAGCCGCGCCGGAGGCCGCGUCGACCGCCGCGGCCUCAGCAGCAGCCCAUACCGUUGCUUCCUUGCCGCGUCUACAAUGCUGACAAGCCGGCUCCAUUCCGCGUGCGCAUGUACGUAUCGGCGCUGAUCAGUAUGGACGCGCACGCGCACACGUCCCGCGCCGAGGUCAUGGGGCUGCUCGGCGCCGCGCCGCCCGCGCCGGCCGCGCCGUCCGUGCCCGCCGACGACGCACUGCACACCGUCACCGUGGUCUCGUACCGACCCGCAGCCGCCUCUGCCGAACUCACACACUGUGAUAUGGAUCCCGUGUCGGCGGCGGCGGCGGCGGCGGCGCUGGGCGCGGGCGGCGGCGGCGGCGCGGCGGGCUGGCACCACUCGCACCCGCGCUGGGCGGCGGCGCCGUCGGCGCGCGACCUGAACACGCAGCGCCGCCUGCAGCGUGCGCUCGAGCGCGGCCCGCCCUUCCUCGCGCUCAUCACCUCGCAGCACUGGCCCGUCGGCCGCACCGCCUCGCACUACCGUUGCAUUCGCGUAGAGGAAGACGAGGGUGACGAGAACAACCCGGUGGGAUACCAGCUCAGCGUGAAACUGGUUCCAGACCUCACCCUGGAUAACCUGCCGGCCUACCUCGAAGAGAUCAUCACAAUCCUGUGCUAUGAGACAGAUACGAGUCCCAGCCAGUACAUGGUCGACUUAGCCAAUGAUAUCUGUCCUCAGGCAAAGAUGUCUUAUCUCGAAAAGUGUAUUUCAAGUAUAUCCCACCACAUGCGCUCCGCCGGCUACGAUGACGAGGACCCCGUCGUGACACGACUGAUACAAGGCAUCCGGGACAUCUUCAGAUAACACGCAAUUGAAAAUUAGCUGGUUUUUCAAUUAUGUAAUCAUUGCUUAUAUUGACUAGUUGAUGGAAGCAAUGGUACGGAAUGGCCAAUUCCGUGUGGGAUCCGAGAAGAAUGCGACUUAUUGUGGCUUUGUUUCGUAAAAGAGAAAUUAAUGUGUGAUAUUGGAUUUGUUUUUAUUUUUUAAACACACAUUCACUAAUAUUUUUCCAAUAACUUUUAAACUAAGUCAGUGUCUAGUUUGGCAAGGCAGUAAUUCAGAAUACAUACCAUAUUACAGUACAUAAGGCAGACAACAAAAUUUAAAAAAAAUAUUGUUUUGGUCUCUAUUCGUCUUAUUAAGAUCCCUAAUAUUAUUUUUUCUUGAAUAUCACCCAUGCACAGACAUAGUCUAAUUACAAUUUUAAUAUAUUAAAAAUAAUUAAUAAAACAAAAGAAAGUGGAGAUAGAAAAAAAAUACUAAAACUAUUCUCUCUCUCUCUUUCUCUAGCGGACAUAAACAAACCUCUUUAAAAGUGAAACUUAGAAGCGUAAAACAUACAGAUUGAAUCGAUUCAAAAGUGAGCAAAGCAUUGUUUGAUACGUAUAAAUUUUUCUUUAUUCAAUUGCAAUAUUGAAAUAAGUACAAAAUAGUCUUUUCAUAAUUUCUAGGCGUUUAGCGUCGAAUGCAAAAUUUUAUAGGUGGAGAUUUUAUUUAUUUUAAUUUUAAGAAAGUAUGGCAAGUUUGACUGCUAUUUGAGAAUAACUUAAUUUUUGUACCAUUAUGUAAUUACAUUGUGUAACAUAUAUAAUAAAUGAUUAAUAUAUAAAACUAAGGGAAUUGUGCCUAAAAGACAAUAAUGCGUCGAGAUACGCGAAGAUGAAGAAAAUAAAGAAUUGUAAGCUCAUAACAACAAUGGAGCUAAAUAUGUAUAAUAUAAUUUGUGUACAUAAUUGUUUAUUUUAAACUCUCCCUUUCGUUAGUGUUUUACUUAACUAAAUAAUUUUAUGAGUGAAUUCGUUAAACCUUGAUCUUUGAACACAAACAUUAAGUUCUUUAUAGAAAAUUCCAAUUCUGCCAACGCCCAUGUAUUGUGUACAUAAGAUUGUAAAGGUAUGAGAAUGUAAAUAAAAUAAUUAUAACAUUUCGCAA